AUGUGGAUGCAUUGUUUUCCGUGUCUGAUUUUUGUUGUCUUUGGAAUUAUUUACUAUUUAUUACCAUUGUUUUAUUUUUUUUUCUCUCUUGAAAAGGGUUUGGGCAGCAGGAUGACAACGGCGCUGACGAGCAGCAAUCGAAGCAACAUCCCAGCGGUUUGCCGCAUUAGAGGCCGCGGGACGGCAAUACUUGUUUCGCCAGGUAUUUUGCUAACAUCCCGACAUGUCGUGAGCUCCCCGGAGGUUGCCGCCCAGCUGACCGCCGUUUUCUUUGAGGGUUCCAAGAAAAAAACAGUGGAAGUGAAACUAUUACCGCAAAAACUUUUUUUUGCAGCUUUCUAUCCAGCCUACAUGGACUACUGUCUUGUGGCAUGCGAGGAGUACGGUAUAUUUAAUGUCACACCAGUGAGCCUUCCGCUGACCCAAAAUGAUUGGUCCCCUGUGAGGGAGGGCGACAUCAUUCUUGUGGUGCAGCAUCCCACAUGUAAAGACGAUGAUGGAGAGGCUGAAACAAACACAGGCGACUCCGAUGACGGUGAGGAUCCCCCAUCUGUAGAAAUAAAACGAUUUGAGGAGGUGCUGCGAUGUAGGAAUGAUUUGUAUUAUUUGAAGGCCAACGGGAAUUUAAGAACGGCAGGUUGUCCUGCAUUCAACGACUGUGGCCAACUGAUCGGUAUGCAGUCACAGUUGCGCUCUGAAGGAGGAGGCGUUGUGAACCGAGUGGUCUCCAUUGCCUCCAUCGUGAAACACCUUUUUGCAAACAAACAGUUGCAGCGCAUUCAACAAAAAAGCGUAUUUGACGAUGUAUGGAAUACAUGGUACGUCAAGGAUGACAUUUCACGAAUUUUGCUAAUACUAGAGAAUUUUUCAGAUUGCGAGAUUGCCCGUGCCACAGCAGAAAAACUUUGUGAACACACAUGUUUCCCAAAUCUUAUUGAGAGUAUUGUGGCAUCCGGCGGGGUGGAAUGGAUUCUUUCCAGUCUACAUCAAUUUAAGGAGGAUAUGGCGAUGGUUUGCACAUGUAUCCGUGCAAUGUGGAAUGUCAGUUUUGGGGAAACAAAUGCGCAGCGAUUGCUUGUAGACGGGGGUGGUGUCGAGCUUGUUCUUGACUCCAUGGAGAGAUACCCCGAGAGUGAAGAAAUUGCCGAGUUCUCAGUCGUCCUCCUCCAUAAUCUCUCUACAGGAAGCUGCAGGCCGGACUUUACUGGACCCCUUGGCCACCGAGCACUGUUGCUCGUACACGCCGCCCUGCAGCGCUUUAAGGAGACAAUUGUCCUCCAAAAGUUUGGUUUCAGCUUUUUUACCACCCUCCUUUAUGUUGAUGUUGAAUACGCCGAAACGCUUGUGAAGUUGAAUAUCGUGGAGCACACCGUUUAUCUGGCGGAGCGGAAGCAGGACCAAGUCUUUCUCAUGGAGGCCCUCAUGAAUUUCGUUGGGGAGUUGGCGCAGCACAGGAAGGCAAUCGACCUCUGUUUUGUGGCUGGCGGACUUGCGUCCAGUGCUGGGCAACACGUCCUUGAAGUUCUCACGUCCCUCCUCAUUGACAUUAUGUUCAAGUAUCAGGAGAUGGAUACCAUUUUGUUGCAAGGGAACCGCGCACUGUGGGGAAUUGGAAACGACCUGUCAUGCCGAGCAAUGAUUUUGCAAAACCCAAGGAGCUACGAGGCUUUAAGACUCUCUCUGGCGGCACUGAUGGCGAGGGCAAGGGUGACGUAG